AUGUUAUUGACCCUCGGCAUAUUAUUGAGCGUGUUUGGGAUUUUAGCAAAGCACGAGUUCAACAAUGACAGCUCUGAAGCUCAGCUAUUCUUGGCUAGUAUAAUCGGACCUCUUGGUGUCUGGAUCAGGUGGUUCUUAGCUCGUUUUAAUGGACGAGGUGGAUCGUUAAAAUGGAUUCCUUUUGGGACUCUCGCUGCCAACAUUCUUGUUGCUUGUAACAUGGCUGCAUUGGCAACACUUGAGAAAACGCAUUGCCCAUUGACAGGCCUGGUGGUGAUGUUAUUGACCCUCGGCAUAUUAUUGAGCGUGUUUGGGAUUUUAGCAAAGUGCGAGUUCAACAAUGACAGCUCUGAAGCUCAGCUAUUCUUGGCUAGUAUAAUCGGACCUGUUGGUGUCUGGAUCAGGUGGUUCUUAGCUCGUUUUAAUGGACGAGGUGGAUCGUUAAAAUGGAUUCCUUUUGGGACUCUCGCUGCCAACAUUCUUGCUGCUUGUAACAUGGCUGCAUUGGCAACACUUGAGAAAGCGGUUGAUACCAAGAAUUUUGAUACUGUGGCAUCAGCAUUACAAUUUGGCCAACUUGGUUGUCUAAGUACUGUUUCUACUUUCAUUGCUGAAUUUCAUAAAAUGAUGCAGAGCAAGCACCCCAUGGAUGGCAUAUGCUUAUGCUAG